AUGGCGACAGCUUUCUUCUUGCUGCCUGCGCUGCUUUUUGCGGCACUGGCGGCCGCCGCGAAAAGCCUCACCUUGGACUUGGAGAGAGGCUGCCAACGGAGCUGUGGCGGCGUCAACGUCCCCUACCCGUUCGGCAUCGGCACAGGCUGCUUUCGCUUGGGCUUCGAGAUCAAAUGCACCGACAACAUGCCUGUUCUAGGGAACACCAGCGACAACAUAGAGGUGCUGAGCCUGUCCUUGGCCCCGCGGCCGGAGGCCAAGGUGAUGCUGCCGGUGGCGUACCAGUGCUACGACUCCACCGAUUACACCAUCAGCACCUACAACGGGUCGGUAGACUUCAACUCGGCCGGUGUCUACCGCAUCUCCAACACCCGGAACGAGCUCUUCGUCCUCGGCUGCAACACCCUCAUCUACACCAGCAGCGGCCCGAAUGGGCGCUACGCCUACACCUACUACGCGGGGUGCGUCGCCUACGCCAAUGACACCCACAGCGCGCAGGACGGAGCCUGCGCCGGAGUCGGCUGCUGCCACGUCGACAUCCCGUCGGGCAUCACGGACAACAGGAUGCGCUUCACCAGCGGUGGCUACUGGUCGCACGCCAACCAGACCUUCUGCCCCUGUGACUACGCUUUCAUCGUGGAGAAAGGCAACUACACGUUCCGGACGGCCAACCUCCGUAUGGAUGGCCGUCGGACCAGCAUGCCGCAGGUGCUGGACUGGGCCAUCCGUGGAAGCAGCAGCGGCAGUUCCCUGUCGUGUGCCGAGGCGGCCACCAUGCCGGAUGAUCACACCUGCGUCAGCAAACACAGCGAGUGCGUCGACUCCACCAAUGGCCCCGGAUAUUUCUGCAACUGCACCCAAGGCUACGAGGGAAACCCGUAUCUUGACAACGGAUGCACGAAUAUAAAUGAAUGUGAACGACAAUGGGAAUUCCCUUGCAAUGGUGUAUGCCAUGACACUGAGGGUUCAUAUGAUUGCAAAUGCCAUCCUGGCUAUGAGAGUAGAGGUGAUCCAAAAGAAAUUCCAUGCAAUCCAAAAUUCCCACUUCCAGCAAGAAUUGCUCUAGGUGUCAGCAUAGGUGUGUUCUUCUUGGUUGUUGUGCUACUCUUGGCAUUCAUAAUGCACCAAAAGAGGAAACUUGCGGUACAUUUUGAAAUGAACGGGGGUAACAUACUUAAAAAGGUCAUAGGCUUGACAAUUUUCACACAGAAGGACCUCAGCAAAAUCACAAAGAAUUAUUCAGAGAUACUGGGUAAUGGAUUCUUUGGUAAAGUUUACAAAGGAACUCUACCUGAUGAAAGUAAAACAGUGGUGGCAGUUAAAUCUUUUAUCAAGGUGGAUGAAGAGAGAAUAGAGGAAUUUACCGAGGAAGUGAUGAUCCAGUUGAAAAUGAACCACCCUAACGUUCUCAAGCUCAUGGGUUGCUGCCUCCAGUUGGAUGUUCCAAUGUUGGUGUACGAGUUUGCUGCCAAUGGGAGCCUCAGAGACAUUGUCCACAUGAACAAAAGGCAAAAACUUUCAGCAGAGUUACGAUUGGACAUUGCAAUUGGGUCUGCCAAAGGAUUGAGUUAUAUGCACUCUCAGGAAAUACGACAUGGUGAUGUGAAACCAGACAACAUACUUCUCAGUGAAAAGUUAAUACCAAAGAUAUCAGAUUUUGGGCUGUCUAAACUGCUUAAACUAAAGGAAAUAAUUGCUAAGAAGGUGGUUGGAUGCGAGGGUUACAUGGAUCCGGUGUUCAGGAACACAGGUGUAUUAACACCAAAGAGUGAUGUCUACAGCUUUGGAGUUGUUCUCCUAGAACUCAUAUCUAGGAAACAAACAGUAUAUGGGCAAAGCGGUAGCCUCAUCAUUGAGUUCCGCCAUAUCUAUCAUACAGAAAAGAGUGGGAGGUCAAUGUUCGAUGACGAGAUUGUAACGGAAGAAGAUAUCUUGAUCCUGGAAGAAAUUGGUAAGCUAGCAAUGAUGUGUCUAAAAGAAAAUCAAGAUGGCCGGCCUGAUAUGACAGAUGUAGCCGAACAACUUGUCAAGCUUAGAGAGAGGAGCAGUUUUAACAUGCUUCCUCCUACCCCCUCUUUUCACAUAAGAGGCAAUAGUAUAUAA